AUGGAACAUCGUGCUACCGCUCCGUUGUCCACGCAGACUUUUGGUGUUCAACUUCGCAAAAAGAAGGCCACAUAUCCUCAGCGAGUCCACUCGCAUUCCAGAAAAAAGAAAACUCCAGAUGAGAGGACCCUUAGCACCGCUCGUAGGGCUCUCAGGGUCGCACGCUACAAGAAGGGCGUCGUUUAUCGGAAGCUCGUUGCUGGCGACACCAAUGCUGAUACCAAGGAGUUGAAGUACAAAGUUCCGUCGAGGCUUCCCCGAAGGCAUGAAGAGCCAUUACUCCAUGCUGUACUCCGCAAAAAUACUUACGAGGCGAAGAUUUUGUUGGAAAAAGCUAUCUUAGUGGCUAACAUGAUUGUGAUAAGGCUCCAAGCAACUAUCGGUAAUCAAUUAAAUAGAAUACGAUGCAUCAAUGAAGAGCCUUACGAAUUCAACACCAUUAUCAAAUUAUUUCAAGGAUACGUUACAAGAGAUCAAUCAUCAUCGAAUCACUUACUUAUUUGUGGUCCAGAUCGUCGCAAUGAAUACACCACUACCUGGAGGGAUAUUACAUAA